AUGUCUCCCAAUCGCCAACAGCAGCCUCAAAAGAGGUACUUGAGAACCCGAGCCAGUAAACAUUGCCUGGCUCCUCAACACCAGAAAACAAAUGCAUCACUAGCCUCUGGGUCAUGGAUGAAGGCCAAGAUUCUACCGCGAUUCUCAUCAUGGUUCCAGCCCCAUCGACGAUACGACCCGAAAGAGUCCUUCUUUCCAUUCUCCAAGAUAUGCUGUCAGGUGAACUGUCAGAUCAAGUCAGAUGCAGAGCCGCUUGACGAAAGUACAUUUAGUCUAAUGCCAUGUGGUCAUGCUGCUUGCUUGCAGUGCCUUGAAAAGUGGUUCGAGAAUCAGGGCACUUGCCCCUUCUGCCGAGUCGAUCUCAUCUAUCCCGGGUGUGGGCAUAGAGUUCCAGUGAGACCCCUGACUAGGGAAGGACUUCAUCUGCUACCAAGGACACUACCAGAGCAGGGCAGGAUCCCGAAUCUCUGUGCGAAGUGCCUCAAAGCAAGAUUGUUGACUCAAGCAGAAGAAAAACUUGAACAAGCCAUGGAGAGUUUUCGAGCAGCCAUACUACGAUUCCACCACACCAAAGCGCCCACUGACGAGGUAAUUAUGAUGAAUAUGAGAGACGAGUUUGAGACAGUGCUCCGAGAUGAGGUAUACCUCAAACGGCUCAGCACGUGGUUGACAAGCUGGUAG